AAAAGCUCAGGUUCUGCUCCUGUGCUGCCAGAGCUCUGCAACACAGUUAGACUCCACGAGAGGACUUCAACAUGGAGCUGUUCACCAAAACUCUGUUUCUGUGUUUGGCACUUGCCCUCACUAAUGGAGCACCUGCACACCCACAACAUCCAGCAGUAAGUGAUGGAGAUGCUGCUCUGCCAAACCGAUGUGAAGGUAUUGAGUUUGAUGCCAUCGCUCCUGACGAGAAAGGAAACACCUUCUUCUUUAAAGGUGCCCACUUGUGGAAGGGUUUCCAUGGUCCAGCUCAUCUCUCCAAUGAGACCUUCAAAGAGCUUGAUGACCUCCAUCACAUCGGCCACGUCAACGCUGCCUUCCGCAUGCACAGCGUAGACAACCCAGAUGACCACGAUCACAUCUAUUUCUUCCAGGAUGACAAGGUGUUCAGCUAUUAUAACCAAUCUCUGGAAGACGGGUAUCCGAAGAAGAUCCAGGAUGACUUCCCAGGAGUCCCCACUCACCUGGAUGCUGCGGUGGAGUGCCCCAAAGGAGAGUGCAUGGCUGACUCAGUGCUGUUCUUCAAGGGACAUGAUGUUCACGUUUAUGACAUUACCACAAAGACAGUUAAGACCAAGACAUGGUCCCACCUGCCUACCUGCACGUCUGCUUUUCGCUGGUUGGAGCACUACUACUGUUUCCAUGGACACAACUUCACCAGGUUCCACCCAGUGUCCGGAGAGGUGAGCGGUGCCUACCCAAAGGACGCCCGCAGUUACUUCAUGAACUGCCCCGGGUUUGGUCAUGGACGAGGAGGUCGUUAUCAAAUCCCUAAAUGCAGUGAGGUCAAAUUAGAUGCCAUCACGACUAAUGAUGCUGGCAAAACUUAUAUCUUUGCAGGUCCCAUCUACAUGCGCCUGGACAGUCAUCGUGAUGGCUUCCACGCCUUCCCAAUCACCAGGGCGUGGAAGGAGGUGACUGGUGGAGUGGAUGCUGUCUUUUCCUACACUGACAAAAUCUACUUGAUUAAGGGCGAUCAGGUUUACCUCUAUAAAGGUGCUGCUCACUACACCCUGAUUGAAGGUUACAGUAAAUCCCUGAAGGAGGAGCUCGGUGUAGAAGGACAUGUGGAUGCUGCUUUUGUCUGUCCCGGUGAACACACAGUUAAUAUAAUCCAAGGACAGAGUAUUCAUGUUGUUGACCUAACUGCCACGCCCAGGGUGAUAGUCCAGAAUCUGCCCUUGCCCUUGGGCAACAUCGAUGCUGCUCUGUGUGGAGUCCAGGGCAUUAAUCUGUUCAAGGGCUCGCAGUAUUACAACUACAGCAGCCUCACAGUACUGGCUGCGAGCAGAGUUGCCCCUCUGCCUCAAAGUAUCACCUCAUCAAUGAUGGGAUGUCAGGAUUAGGAUUCAGGGAUGAGGGAAUUAUUCCACAUUCAACUGCGUAUCAGACAUCAACUUCUGUCUCCUUUCCAUGAGCACAGUGAUUCACACCGAUAAAAGAAAGUUAACCACGAUGAGGUAUAACUGCUAAAAUAUCUGGAUGUGUGGACAAUGUAAGGAAGUUUCAUCAUAAAUUUUUUUUUGGCUGAAUAAAAAGUGGAAAACUGCA